CUAGCUCCAGGCACCCGCCAUUUUCAAAAUGGCGGCCCCGCUGGGAGGCAUGUUCUCUGGACAGCCACCUGGACCUCCGCAACCUCCGCCGGGGCUCCUGGGCCAAGCUUCGCUUCUUCAGGCCACGCCAGGCGUUCCGAGAACUUCUAACAGUACCUUGGUGGACGAGUUGGAGUCAUCUUUCGAGGCUUGCUUUGCUUCUCUGGUGAGUCAAGAUUAUGUCAAUGGUACAGAUCAGGAAGAAAUUCGAACUGGUGUUGACCAGUGUAUCCAGAAAUUCCUAGAUAUUGCAAGACAGACAGAAUGUUUUUUCCUACAAAAAAGAUUGCAGUUAUCUGUACAGAAACCAGAGCAAGUUAUCAAAGAGGAUGUCUCAGAACUGAGGAAUGAAUUACAGCGAAAGGAUGCUCUGGUCCAGAAGCACUUGACAAAACUAAGACAUUGGCAGCAGGUGCUGGAGGACAUCAACAUGCAGCACAAAAAGCCAGCCGACAUCCCUCAGGGCUCCCUGGCCUACCUUGAGCAGGCGUCUGCAAAUAUCCCUGCACCGAUGAAGCAAACCUGAGGAACAGCCACCCGAACACUGGCUGGUGCCUGAGUCAGCCCGAACACUGUUUCGCUAAACAUCACUUCUUGUAGACUUGACAUUUUGGGAGAACUCUUUGCCAGAGAAUGAGAUGAUUUUAGUUUUGUGCUCUCAUCUAAAAUUUUCCCCCUAUUUUUGUAAGUGUUAUUUCUUGAGUACUUUAUAAAAUGCUUACUGCUGUGGUAAACCAAGUAUAGUCUUGAGCAAAGUUUAAGACUGGUAGUGUGAUGCUAUUUACAGAUUCCUUUUAUGUUUUUUUUUAUGCUUGCUUUUAUAUUGUUUUUAUUUUUGUAUGACUCAAUCUCUCUGUGUUUUCAGUUUUAGAUUAGUUUGUAUGACAUGAGGGGGAAAGCUUAUAUGAUGGAGCUGCAUAUCAGAGGAUGAGGAUUUUGGUUGUAGGCUUUCAUGAUAAUUUACUGUUCAAUGGCAGUGUAUAAAAAUAUGCAACUUUUCUGUUUUUCAAGACUUUGAACUACCUCAAGAAGAGGAGUCUAGUGCACAGUGUAAAACUUUCAGAGGCUCACAGUAAGAAUAUUUUAUAAAUAGAUUGGAAGAGGAAGAGGAUUAUAAUAUCCUAGGUUAGUGUAAUGACUGUUACUGUACUUCAGUAACCUAGUGCUUUAGAAAUCCAGUAGUAUCCUUAAAUUAAUGUUGACUUUUAUUUGGGGUAAGUUUAUCUUUUGUGUAGUGUUUAUUUACUUUUGGGGUGCAGUGGUGGGAGCAGUGAUAAUGCUAAUGUUGUUCACUUCUACAAUAAUGAAUCAGCUUAACACAGUGGACCCUGCUCUCAACAGAGGCGUUGGUGAAUAUGAACUUGCUGUGAUCAUCUCUUGAGUUUUAAGUUUUGUGUGUUUGUUCUGCUCUUUUGGAGCAGAUUUUUCUGGUAACAAAGGUUCUUUCUAAUGGUGUUGAUUCCAAGGGACUGGGACCUUGAAGUGGGAGGCGGGCUGCAGGGUACAUGAGAGACGGUGUGGGGAAGAUAUCUUACCCUCUGUUGGCCACAAAGGCCAUCUCAGUUUCUCUGUUGAACUAUUGUUGAGAAAUAUAAACCAGCAUUGUGCCCUGUCUCCUUA